GUUAUAUAAAAACAAAAUGGAAUCUUACUCAGCUCCUUUAUACAGUUUUAAAGCAUCAGCAGCGCCAAGACUCAAAAGUUUUCUCUCACUCAGGUGCGAUUGCCAUGGCAGCACGAUUUCCCGAUCCUCCGAGUUCUGCGAGCUCAGACAGUGACGAAUCAUACGAGGGGACUAAAGAUGCGUCCAAGAAGCCUAGCAAAAAAAUUGGCAAGAAACAUCGCGGGCCUGAAGGCGACCGUCUGACGCCAACGCGACCUCCAGACCACCUGCAGAAUGAGUCCUCGGCGUCACCCCCGCCCCUCGCACCCGCAGCAGCGGCAGCCUUGCUCAAGUCUCCAAGGUCUCGCAGGCAGCGGACGGUGUCGCACAGUCAGCAGUCAUCUAACAAGACGUCGACCGAGUCCAUCCUGAGAAGCUACACGAGGACGAUAUACACAGCUGGACGCCCACCCUGGUACAAUUGUGCUGGUCAGCAGGUCGAACCGUUUGUCAUAGGAAUUUGUGGUGGAAGUGCGUCAGGCAAAACCACGGUUGCUGCCAAGAUCAUCGAGAGUCUUGAUGUGCCAUGGGUUACCCUGCUGAGCAUGGAUUCCUUUUACAAAGUGUUGACUGAAAAACAACACGAACUGGCCGAGAAUAAUGAGUACAACUUUGACCACCCUGAUGCCUUCGACUUUGAGCUGCUGGCGGAAACAUUGCAGAAACUCAAGGAGUGCAAGAAAGUGGAAGUGCCUGUUUACAAUUUCGUGACCCAUUCAAGAGAAAGCAGAACGAAAACAAUGUACGGAGCCAAUGUUAUUAUUUUCGAGGGUAUUCUUACUUUCUAUAAUGCCAAAGUUCUCAAGAUGCUGGACAUGAAAAUAUUUGUGGACACUGACUCAGACAUUCGUCUCGCACGCCGCUUGAAGAGAGACAUUUCCAUCAGAGGUAGAGACCUGGAGGGCGUGCUGAAGCAAUACCAGAAAUACGUGAAACCGGCCUUCGAGUACUAUAUUUUGCCGUCCAUGGUUCACGCAGACAUCAUCAUCCCACGGGGCGGUGAAAACACGGUCGCCAUCAGCCUUGUCGUGCAGCAUGUGCACACGCAGCUCCAGCUGCGUGGAUUCAAGCUGCGAGAGCAGCUUGCCCACUCCUACUGCGGCCAGCCGCUGCCUGAUAACCUGUACCCCUUGCCGUCAACGCCGCAAGUCAAAGGGCUUCACACCUUCAUCAGGAACAUGGACACGCCAAGAGACGAGUUCAUUUUCUAUUCUAAACGACUGAUUCGGCUCACCAUCGAGUAUGCACUUUCUCUGCUGCCGUUUAAACAAGUGACAGUGGAGACUCCUCAGGGCAUUAACUACUCAGGGAAGAGGCUGUCCAGCACCAAAAUAUGUGGAGUGUCUAUUUUACGAGCCGGAGAAACAAUGGAACAGGCAGUUUGCGAUGUCUGCAAGGAUAUUAGAAUUGGCAAAAUCCUGAUCCAAACCAACUUUGAUACAGGCGAACCUGAGCUAUUCUACCUGCGUCUACCCAAAGACAUAAAGGACUAUCGUGUGAUUCUAAUGGACGCCACGGUUGCCACAGGCGCUGCAGCAAUGAUGGCCAUUAGAGUGUUGUUGGACCACGAGGUCAAAGAGGAGAACAUCAUGAUUGUUUCCCUCCUCAUGGCUGAAAUUGGAAUCCAUUCUAUCGCAUACGCUUUUCCCCAAGUAAAGAUCGUCACCUCAGCUGUCGACCCAGAGAUCAACGAGAAGUUCUAUGUGAUGCCAGGAAUUGGCAACUUUGGUGACAGAUACUUCGGCACCGAACCGUCUCUGGAACAGUGAGAGGACUUCAACCUAGUCUUGCUGCUUUUAGGUUGAGUCAUUUAUUUAAUGUUUACCAUUUUAACUUGUCGUAUUGGUUCCUUAACUCUAACUCUUGAGUGCCAUUUUUUAGCAUAAUGGUUUACGUUUGCCUCAUCUUUUUUUAUUGUUUUGGAUUAUUUUGUUAAUCAGGCGCUGGAUUAUUUGCGGUCGAUAUCAUGCGCUUUAACAUCUUUUAAUUUUAAAACUAUUUUAAUUUCCAAGAAGCCAAAGUUGCUAUUCUUUUAUGUUGAAUUUAAUUAUAUUUUUUUGUCCUCUAAUUGAGAAAAUGUCCUAAGUUUAAGCGAAAGAAUUACAAAAACUAUUACAGGAAAAUUUAUGGUCACUUUUUUAUAAAAUUUUAACUAAUCAAUCUGAAAUUCACUUAAAAAUCACUUUUAAAAUCACUCUUCAAUUGGCGUUUUCUCCAACGCACUCAAGAGUUUUCGCAAUGUAGAGUAUUAUUAUGUAAAGAUUCUCGAUCUGACCGAUCCUCUUUUCCAUCUUUUGUGGCUGGAUAACGGUAUUAAAAGGACAUGUGUACUUGAAAAGAUGAAAACAAA